AUCCACAGCGAAUGAGACGUGUAAAUGGCGACUGUCUUUUCUUGUGUUACUGUUCCUGUGCCCUCCUACUAACGAUAUCAUAGGGGACGGGCAAGUACGAGUAAUCAGUAUUACGAUGUUGAUUCCCGGCUUGAAAGUUUACUGUCAUACGAGAAGCAAGGACCAGGCAGGGCGGGCUCUCGAUAUUGAAUGCUCGACCCGUAGCACGACACUCUACCCAUCUCCGUCGAUAUCUGCUACACACGCCCCGUCUAAAAUCCCAAUCCAAACCCCAGCCACUACCCCCAAAUCACCAACUCACAAAAUAUCCGCCACAGCACCCACCAGAACCGGAAACCCAUCCCCACCAAACCGCUGCACAACCCUCGUACUCCCACCCUUGACCAUCGGCAACGGCAAAUCCAUCUCCGACAACACCCCCUUCCCCACCCGACUAACAUGAAAGUCCUCGGGCAACUGAAUCUCAAUCUCCACGCCCCACGCCAGAAUCAGCCGCGUAACCUUGCCA